AUGAAGCGAUUUCAGGUUGCUAGAGAAUUAGAAAAUUUCGGAAGACAAAAUGAUGCUGUAGUGCUUAAUCCUGAAGAAAAUGGCCGAUAUUAUGAAGAACCUUUGAAAUGCGCGAAUAUUUUGAUAACUGCAGGUGAUAUUGUUCUGGACGUUAUGCAAGCACGUGAGAUAUAUGACAGCAUGUUACAACACGGAAGACGUACAAAGCGCAAAUUUAUUCGUUCUGAAUUACGCCGAUGGGAUACAAGCAAGCCAAUAAUAUAUACAUUUGAUGGAUCACACACUAACCAUGAACAGCAAGUCAUUGAAUUAGCACUAGAACAUUGGCAUAACAUAACAUGCCUAAAUUUCGAACGUAAAGAUAAUGAUAUACAAGGAAGCCGAAUUGUUUUCACGGAUGUUGAUGGUUGUGCAUCCAAUGUUGGUCGUCAUCCAUUAGGCGAACCGCAAUUUGUAUCUUUGGCACCGGAAUGCAUCAGACUGGGAGUGAUAGCUCAUGAAGUAGCCCAUGCAUUGGGAUUUUGGCAUGAGCAAUCUCGUCCUGACCGUGACAACUACGUAACCGUUCGCUGGGAGAACAUUGAUCGUGAAAGUAAGGGUCAGUUUUUGAAAGAACUACCGACAGAUGUAGAUGACGGUGGUGUCCCUUACGAUUAUGGAAGUAUUAUGCAUUACAGGAGUAAAGCAUUUAGCCGCUAUGAAGAUCUAUUCACCCUGAAUACAAACAUUGCUGAUUAUCAGAAAACUAUUGGGCAACGCGACCAAUUAUCUUUCAACGAUAUUCGUCUCAUGAAUAUCAUUUAUUGUAGCAACUCAUGCCCAUAUAAAUUGCCUUGUCAACGAGGGGGUUAUACAGAUCCAAGACGAUGUGAACGAUGCAGGUGCCCUGACGGGUUUACUGGAAAGCUUUGUGACCAGAUAAUGCCUGGAUAUGGAGCAGAUUGUGGCGGUCGUUUAGAGUUAACAUCCAGCUGGAAACGCAUCACAAGUCCUAAUUAUCCGAGAGAAUUUAAAGAGGGACAAGAAUGCAGCUGGCUUCUGGUCGCUCCACCAGGUCAACGAGUACAAUUACGUUUUUAUGGUGAAUUUGAAAUGUACUGCAAAGUACGUCACUCACUUUGUAUGGACUAUAUCGAGAUACGAAAUUCUACCGAUUUCGCCAACACAGGAAUGAGAUACUGCUGUUAUGGAACACCACAAUCGUCAAUUAUGUCCGCGACUGAAGACAUGUUGGUACUUUUUCGAUCGUUCUAUCGAAGUGGAAGAGGUUUCCAGGCGCAGGUACGCGCACUUCCAGCAAGCGGUUCGUUCUUGGGGUGGUCCCAGUGGUCUGAGUGCAGUGCAUCGUGUGGCGCUUGCGGUGUCAGGCAUCGUCGACGUAUUUGUGUCGGUGGUGCCUGCAUUGGUGAACGGUCGGAGAGUGAGGUCUGUGCACGAAUUCCAUGCAAAGGAUUCUGUACAAGGAAAACAUUUGAGCAGACGCGUUGCGGAGGGCUACUAGCCCUUUUCGAUGGCAUGGAAUGCAAAAGGCAUAUAUUUUUUUUCCCCGAAAUACUAAAUACUACAUUAUAA